GUCUGGUUGUAGGUGGAGACGGCCAUCUGGAGAAUGCUUGUCGCAACCCGCAUUCGCAACCCCACGACCAAACGAGACUCGCCUGCGACUCGCAGUCGACGGCGCCCAGCAUGAGCGACGACUCUAGAAAGAAGGGCUUCUGGGGGGGCCUGUUCCGCACCAAGAGCUCGGCCACCGGGAGCGGGAAGCUGGAAAAAACAUACCCGAGACGCGCCAGCGAGGGAGACGUACUCGCCCGCCAUAGGAAGUCGGAGAACCUCUCCAGCGCCAAGGCGUCUGCGUCUUCCUCGGACCGCCGCCGCCCCAGACGGCCCGACACGGGCGCCGCCAAGGGCAAGGGCAAGGGCCGCGAGGAGCCCAACGGCUCCGCCUACCAUGUCGGCCCCCUGACUGAGUGGCCCCCGGCCGGCAUGUCGAGCACCAAGGAGCUGACCCUCGGCGCCGCCAUGCAGCUCAUCGCGACAGGCGUCCCCCGCUUCAAGGGCCACAAGAGGUUCAUCCCCCACGCCUCGGACCACUACUACGCCCUCUUUGCCACCGCUGCCGGCAACGGAGGCGACGAGACCGACGCCGCGAACCCCCACGACGCAAUGACGCAGCUCAUGACCCUGCGCCUCCUGGGCUCGGGCCCCGCCCUCGACCCCUGGGAGACGCUCGAACAGCCUAGCUUCUCCUUCUGCUACGGCAGGCGCCCUGGCACCAUCACCCUCAACCACUGGGCCUCGAUCGCGAGCCAGCUCCCGCCCGUUAUUGCCCUCCGUGACCCCGGCAUCGUCCCCCGCGACAUCGGGCUCGACCUCAUCUUCGAGCGACUGCAGGAUCUGGAGAGGAGGGGGCUGGAGGAUGACGACGACGACCUCAUGUACAGGAACCUCUACCGCAAGCUGCUCCGGGACCCGGACAAGUACCGCAGCCCGCACAAGACGCUCGACAAGCAGAUCACGGACCUGAUCAUGGUGCUGUCGCGCGCCGACUGGAUCGACUUUACGAACCCCAAAAAUCAGAUCCCCACCACCUUCAUCUUCGACACAGACAUGUCCAAGAGCCAGACGUACCGCAGCUUCUUCCACCAGCUGCUGCUCAGCGUCGAGCUCGACGCCCGCAUCAACUCGCGCCUCCACCUCACAGAGGCUAAGGAGAAGCUGCUGCACCAAAUACCCCCCACGAUACAGUGGAACCUCGCCCUGGCCAGGCGGUGGCGCGACAACGUGCGCGUCGACGACUACGGCUCCACGCCCGCCGAGGUGCGGCUGCGCUUCAAGCUCAAGAAACGCCAGGUCAAGGUGCUCAAGCGCUUCGCCCAGAUCAUGAAGUGGCCCAACCUGGGCGAGACGCUCGAAAGCCUGCGGGACCGCGACGCGCGGUCGACGCUCGACGUGGUCAGCUCGCACACCAUGGCCUUCUUCAGCGGGCUCGUGCUGCCGGGCCCGACCUUUCCCUUCCUCAUGAUGAACACGCUCAUCGACAUGGACCCGGACCCGGCCACGGACGAGCUGGCCAUGCUGAUGCACACGUUCCCGAGCUGCGGCUUCCAGUACCGCAGUAGCUAUACGUACUGGACCGCCACCUCGGUCGUCGGCAAGGUGCUCGCGCCCACGUGCCAUGCCAUCGCCGGCUGGGUCGGCCCCGCCCGACCGACCGCCGACCUCGGCCGCUCGCAGAUCGCCCGCAUCCGCUCCCGCCGGCCCCUCCAGCGCGUUACCGACGGCGACAUCAACACCGCGACGGAGCGCUCAGACCCCCUCGGCCCCAUGGCCCAGGUCUUCCCCGUCAACGAGUACGUCCUAGUCAGCCCCGACCGCGACGACGACGGCUACCUCGCCAACCUUGUUCGCAUCGAGGUGCUGAGCCUGCGCCCCGUGCCCGCUGCCCCUGUGGCUGCUACCGCAUCUCCUGUUGCUGCUGCUGCUGCUGCUGCCGCCGCCACUCCUGCCAGCGGCGCCGGCCCGCGCCUGUUCGACGCGAGCCUCCAGUUCGCCAUCGACGGCGUCUCGUGGCCUCUGCGCCUGACUUUUGACGUCAACUUCGUCAACGCGUGGCCCUGCACCGACGGGCCCCACCCGCUCUUCUUCGACUACGUCUACACGUGCGUCAAGGCCGACGAGCUCGUCUCCAUCCGCGACUGGAACGGCCAGUACGGCGGGCACCCGCACGACCGCAGCGCCCGAUCGCUAUCGCCUGCUGCUGCUGCUGCUGCUGCCGCUGCCGGGGGGACUUCUCUCUCGACGGCAAAGAAGACGGCUUCUGCGGACGCUGCUGUAGGAGGCGCCGCGGCAAAACUGGGAUCUUCGACCGCUACCAGCAAGAGCAGCAGCCUGACGGCGGCGUCGUCGAUAAACACCACGGCGCACUCGCAUUCGCACUCUAAGAACCAACAGCAGCAGCAGAAAGACGGCCGUGACCGCGACUCGCUCGCGUCCGAAGACGAGGAAAAGGUCUUGGUCGUCGAGGCGUUUGGCGUCGCCGACAACGAGGUCCUCGCCCGCGCGUGGUGCUCGCACUGGGGCCUCAGCGCCGUCGUUGCGGAUAUCGGCAAGACUUGCAUGGCGUGCGCCAUUCGCGAGACCUUUGCCGCGACCCUGAACGUUGUCAUCUUGGUCGACGACGACCAGAACGGGGAACGCGAUAACUGAACGGUGCAGAUCUGGUCGGAUGGGUAUGGUAC